AUGGUCCCCCCAGAGGCACGAGGGCCUAGAGCCGGGCGCAGCCAGAGGAACACCGCCAUAGUGUCUCCGUGGCCGUCCGCCGCACAGAACACAAACUGGUCCAACAACAAUGAUGGAAAAAAGGAUGAGAAGAAAGACGAGAAAAAGGAGGAAAAGAAGGAGGAGAAAAAGGACGACAAAAAAGACGACAAGAAGAAGGAGGAGCUGAAGGAGGUGUGGAUCAUGGACCCGGCCACAGACAUGUACUACUACUGGCUGCUCACUGUCUCGGUCCCCGUCUUCUACAACCUCAUGCUGCUGGUGGCGAGGGCGUGUUUUAACGAGCUGCAGCACGAGAACACCGUCAUGUGGCUGGUGCUGGACCAUUCCUCUGACGUGAUUUACUACAUCGACACGUUCGUGAGACUCAGGACGGGUUAUCUGGAGCAGGGUCUUCUGGUGAGGGACCCCAAAAUCUUAAAGGAGCGGUACAUUAAAACCCGUCAGUUCAAGCUGGACGUGUUCUCUGUCCUCCCCACGGACCUCGUCUUCAUCUACCUGGGAGUGGACAACCCCGAGUGGAGAUUCAACCGCCUGUUACGAUUGUCCCGCCUCUUUGAGUUUUUCGACCGCACCGAGACCCGCACCAACUUCCCCAACAUCUUCCGAAUCGGUAACUUGGUCGGCUACAUCAUCAUCAUCAUCCACUGGAACGGCUGCCUCUACUACGCCGUCUCCAAAGUCCUGGGCUUCGGUUCGGACACGUGGGUCUAUCCUACCGCUGAUAAAAACCCAGAAUUUGGCCGCCUGGCUCGUAAAUACAUCUACUGCUUCUACUGGUCCACGCUUACGUUGACGACGAUUGGAGAAACGCCGCCCCCUGUCCGGGACUUUGAAUAUUUCUUUGUUGUAUGUGACUUUUUAACCGGCGUCCUUAUCUUCGCAACAAUCGUGGGUAACGUCGGUGCCAUGAUCUCCAACAUGAGCGUGGCGAGGGUGGAAUUCCAGGCCAAGAUCGACUCCAUAAAGCAGUACAUGCAGUUCCGAAAGGUCUCCAAAGAGUUAGAGUACAGAGUCGUGAAGUGGUUCGACUAUUUGUGGACAGAGGGAAAAACGUGCGACGAAAAGCUAGUCUUGAAAAACCUCCCGGACAAACUGAAGGCCGAAAUAGCCAUCAACGUCCAUCUCGAGACGCUACGGAAAGUGCGCAUUUUUCAAGACUGCGAAGCGGGGUUGCUCGUGGAGUUGGUUCUCAAACUUCAACCACAGGUUUUUAGCCCCGGCGACUACAUCUGUAAAAAGGGGGACAUCGGACGAGAAAUGUACAUCAUUAAAGGGGGUAAGCUAGCGGUUGUAGCGGACGACGGCGUCACACAGUUUGUCGUUCUUGGCGAUGGAGCGUACUUUGGAGAAAUUAGUAUUCUCGGAAUCAAAGGGAGCAAGGCGGGAAACCGGAGAACAGCCAAUAUCCGCAGUGUAGGAUAUUCCGACUUGUUUGCGUUGUCCAAAGAAGACCUCAUGGACGCGCUGGUUGAGUAUCCAGAAGCUAAAUACGCGCUGGAGGACAAAGGCAGGGCCAUCUUGAUGAAGGAUAACUUGAUCGACGAGGCUCUGGUUUUAGCCACAGACGCCAAGGACUUGGAGAAUAAGGUGAGCGAGAUGGAGGCCAGUGUGGACGUCAUGAUGCUGAAGCUGAAGAAGUUGGAGAACCAGUACGAGUCGUCACAGAGGAAGCUGAAGCAGCGGCUCACCAACAUGAGCAACCAAGUCCGCACACUGCGCUCAGACAUCGACUAUAACUGA